AUGGCUUCAAGUGAGUCUGUUUUGGAAGAAGACGCCGACUGGGUAUCGUACAACAGCACUUCAUCUAGCAGUGAUGACUCUCGAGACACGACAUUGCUCCCGACGUCGACAAGCACUCACACGAGCAAAAGUGACAGAAGUUCCUUGUUGACGUCAUACUGCAAGGAGCGUCGGCGAGCAUCGGCCAAGUCGACGACACCCUUCAAUUUCUCCACGCGAAACGCCAACAGCGGCAUUAGCCGAAUUACUGGGCUCUUUAGGCAUGGGACCAGCACGAGUAACCGUACGAGUUUGACCAUUAGGCACUCAGGGACGCCCGCCGACGCCCCCAGGUACAGCAUCGAGGGCUCCCCAAACAGUGCUCGCGGGAGACUUAGCAGCAGACCCUGGCCGUUCCUGGCACACAAUUUGACCUGGAACAGCCACGCUCCAACACACACCUCUCUCCCUCCACCUCCUCACUCCUCUUCAAAACGACCCUCGGCACAAUGCGAUCCAGGACAGAGGCCUCUAAAGUCGUCUCGACAUGACAGAGUCCAAGAGACGGAGGAAGAAAACCCGCUGCACCCUGCCCCUGCCCUGAUCAGCACGCCCCUUCUACCUCGAGCGCAUGUCCAGGCCGAUCUAUUCACCAUGGACAUUCCCAACCAAGCGCAGAGCCCGAAUCUGUCGAAUCUCCUGACCGGCCUCUUUAGCCAUGAAGAUGCCAGUCGAAAGAUGGCGGCAUUCAAGCUGCAGUCGCUGAUCAACGACCCGUCCUUCGCCGAACACUUUGUCGUCUCGGGCGGUCUUCCUCGACUGCGCAGUCUGAUUCUCGAGAGCAAUGGAAACACGUUGGCGUACAGCUUGGCGAGCUUCGCUCGGCUACUGGAAGUCGACCAGGGAUGGGAGGCCGUCAACGAUCAAGUGGUAGAAAAGGUCGUGGAGUUGGUCGUAUGUCAGCCGUUGGUGAACAUUCUGCGAGGCGCCAUGGCGAUCUUGGUCUCGGUCGUGUCGCGGCCGUACCAUGCGGACCGAUCAUCACAAACCAGCACGUCGAAUAACAGCACGGGGGGCUUCCAGGCCCUCAAGCCCGCGAUUGCGGUUUAUCCACAGUUCUUGGAAAUGCUGGUGACAAGGUUAUCAUCCGCGGAUCAUGCUCUGUGCGCGAAUGCGCUACAGCUGAUCAACUCGCUAAUGAGAGAUGCUAUAACGAAUGACAACGAGACGGAGUGGCCGAAGUUUAUAAAACGUAUCCAAGAUCUUGGGGUCAUCAAGGCUGUCUAUGUGCUCAUGCAGAGUUCGGCCUUGCAGGACUUGGCUCAUCCGCUGCUGGAAUUCCAGGCUCUUACUAAAAUCCUACUUAGGAGAUGGAGGGAUGUACCAGUUGACCUGGUGAAGCCGGAACACAGACGAACGAUCAAGGCCAUUCACCUGUCAAGCAACCCCGAGAAGCCGUCAGAGAAUGACGAAUCAAACGGAGAGUCCAAGCCGAAGCACAACCCGCACAAGUGGCGGCGACUAGGAUUCUCUUGCGAGAACCCUGAGCCAGACUUUGCUGACAUAGGAUUCCUUGGAAUGAUGGACCUGUCCGACUAUGUGCGCAAACACCAGGAUGAGUUUCAGAACAUCCUGCUUGAGCAGGCGGUAAGCCCUGAGGAAAAACGAUGUCCGUUAGCUCGGGCGAGCUUGCUCUUGACAGCAAUUCUGUUCGAGCAUUUUGAGGUGGACAAGAUGGAUCUGGAAGACUCCAAGAGCUAUCUGGCUUUAGAAAGCCGAACAAACGUCGACAAAGUCUUCAAACCUCUGCUUUUACACUGGAGUAGGCUUCAUGUUGCCGGUCUACAUGCAUUUCUACGGUUGUGGAAGGCCACAGGAGCCGAAGCAGACGACUUUGUCAAGAUUACCGAGUUGGUCCGGAUAUUGGUCGAGAGUGUGGUUGGUGGAGCCGAUCGCACGAAAGGAAUCGAAGAAAUCGAAAAGGAGAUGGCAGCUUUUGAGUAUAGGAAACUCCGAGAACUUCAGAUGGAAUUGUUGGAGUUGACUUACGACGACGUUUGGGGCCAACAUCUUCGUGGUGUGAAGGAAGAAUUGCAGACGGAGGCUCUACAAUUCGUCAAAGAACAAAGGAUACGAUGUUUGCUUGUCGGAGCAUGGUUUCCUCAUGGUGGUAACUAUUCUGAUCAGGAGACCGGAGGUCCGGUCACUGCGGACAGUCUUCUCCAGAACUCGUCGCAUGGCUACCGUUUUAUCAGGCUCUCUGAAAACCGUAAGUACCUGCACUGGGGGACCUUUGACGAGAAAGAGGAGGAGGCACCUGCUAUUUCAAGUCUGCGAGACAAGAUCGAUCUGUCGAUUGUGUCUUCGGUCGUGUCCAACGUGACAGCCAAUGACCGGUCUUCGAUCGCAUCAGAUUCGACCUUGAAGGAGUUGACACACGACAAGUUCACCACGACAAAGGUCACUAUUCAUGGCUUUUUGCCAAAGUCACGCGGUGGACAUUCUCGAGCCUCUUCGAAAGCUUCCUCGGGCCGGAGUGUGAGCAAAGAGACUGUUCUGCUCACGUUCCAGCCGAACAGUCAUGCUGUGGCUUCUGAAUGGUUAGAUGGUCUGCUCAUGCUGCUCGAUCAACAACCCAUCACCGCCGAAACCAACAGAUUGAUCCACAUGAUGAGUGACUAUGGAUUGAAAGUUCGGCUACUGAAUGUCCGCUUCAAUGAUGAGGAGGGGAUUGUUGAAGGCAUGGAUGGAAUGGACGGCCCUGAAAUUCCUAGCAGAGAAGGACUGGAUGAAGAAUAUUUCUAUGAGAUUUGAGUUAAAGUCGCGUACAGCUUGCACCCUCACGAGAAAGGGGUUCAACUGGUAUGAAGAUGAGAGAUUCCGACCAAUCUGAUGGUGUACAGGCAUCUAGGUUGUCGUCAAGAGGAGAAGGGGCUGCCUCUACCAUGUUUGUGGUCAAAUCAGCGAAAGGUGUCAUGAUGAGUACUGGAUUUUUCAAAUUUCUUUAUUAGCACGACCUACGGAUACACCGUGAGAUACCCCCUGCUUGUUAUAGGACAAUUCAAUCCGAUUGAGAUUU